GUCGUCUUUGAGAGUUGUCGGAAUGGAACAACUAGAGAAUCAGUUGAUACAAACUUCAGAAGAGUCUUUGCAAAGUAGCUCCAAAGAAGAAUUAAUUCAUUUCAUACUUUCUUUGAGAGACGCUUUUAUCAAAAAUAAGGACAAUUCUUCCAACUCAGUUUCAGCCUCGCUUUGUUGUGCAACAACAGGAAAACCUUUUGACUUCAACAAACACGGAAAGAGAAAAAUAGCUUUGCGCAUAUGUUAUCUUGGUUGGAGAUUCGAUGGAUUUGCUUCUCAGCCUCACUCUGAUAACACUGUAGAAGAACAUUUGUUUCGUGCACUUUUAAAGACGAAGCUCAUCGAGAACCGAGAAGGAAGUUGCUAUAGUCGUGCUGCAAGAACAGACAAAGGUGUUUCUGCAAUAGAAAAUGUGGUAUCGCUUACUGUCCGCUCCCAUAUCAUACCACCUUCUAAUGGUGAGGUAGAGCUGGACUAUCCUCGUAUACUGAAUGGAGUAUUACCAAGUGGCAUAUGGAUAACAGGAUGGACUAGUGUGGAUCCAGAUUUCCACGCGCGCUUUUCAGCUUCUUAUCGUGUCUAUCACUAUUAUUUUAGACCUGAGCACUUGAACCUUUCAGCUAUGCAACGUGCAGCACAGUUUUUCGUUGGAGAACAUGAUUUUCGCAACUUUUGUAAAGCAGAUGUUACCCAGGUACAGAGUUUUCGACGAGUUAUCUAUAGCUGUGAUAUUAAAAUAGUAUCCAUGACACACAAAAGUAGAUUCGAAUGGCAUCUACCACCGGAAAGUGCAACUUGUUCACUUCAAUCCUCUAAAAAUACGAGUAGUAUUUGCUUAGCAAAGUUGGUUGUGAAGGGACAAGCAUUUUUGUGGCACCAGAUUCGUUGUAUGGCAAGUAUCCUGUUUAUGGUGGGAGAAGGAUUAGAAAAGGAAGAUAUCGUGAAAGAUAUGCUGCAACAUGAGUGUUUUGGAGCCAAGCCAUUAUAUAGAAUGGCUAGUGAAAUACCUUUGGUCUUAUCGCAGAUUGGUUUUGGUGGUCUUUCUUUCCAAAUCAGCUCAAAAGCAUAUACAGAUGUGGAAAAGUUUCUGCAAGAAGCAUGUACCAGUCUCCUAUGCAAGGCAGCUAUCUUGAAGGAUCUCCUCAACUCUCUACAUGAACAUUUCAUUCGAGGGGAAAACCUUCACCAACUUACGGAACCUACCUCUGCUUAUCUCUUGGACAGAGAACAAGGACCACAUCGUUUACUGGAAUCACGCAAGAGAGAAGCCUCCAUCGACGCAAGAAGAGAGCGACAACGAGCAAAAAAUUCAUCUAUAAGUUAAAUUUCAUUUCUCUACAGAUUUUAUAUUUGUCUUGAUCGAUUGGGUUAGAGAAUGAAUUAUUCUUUUGUCACUAUCCGACUGAAGCAUUUUGGAAAUGAUAUACAAAUGGCAACAUUGUAGUAAUAUUGACAUAUGCCAAGAGGGUGGAUACUUAUUAUAGACUAGCUCUAUAGCCAACAAUAAGACACAACUAGAAUUUCUGUGAGA